AUGGCAUCACAUCCCACAGACGCGGCGCAUCGCCCGUUGAGAUUCGUACAAUCUUUUCGAGUAGAGCGCUCCGUGUCUCCCGGUACCACGGCGCGCGUAAAAGGAGCUAGCCCUGUUCAGAAUGGGCCUGUGGCCGUUGCCGAUCCAAUGCUGCGAACUGCGUCCGGUACGCAGGGAGACCGAAGGACCGGGACUGAGGUGCCCGAUACGUUCGAGCGCAGAAUAAGCGAAGAGACUGUAGAGCCUCCCAGAGCUUCGGUCGACCUGGACGAUCUUCCCAUCGAGCUCAUCAGCCUAACGGAUCGCUUCAUCGACUCCCUUUCGGCCAAGGUGCAUCCCCAGCCGCCGAGCAUCGACAACCUCGCGCGGCUCUUUCAAGACUUUUAUGCUACAGCAUCUUCGCAUAUCCAGACGCAUGUCGACAGCAUGGCCACCCUCCAGAGGCGCGAAGAGCCCUCCGCGUCGUUGCUUUCGUCCCAAGCAUCAGCUUCCAGUCUGUUGCGCACAAAGGGUUCUUCACUCGGAACAAGGGAGAAGCCCAGACCCACACCGUCCAGGCGGGAUUCGGACCAACAGCUGCUGACCGCUGAAGAAUACGCGGAGCGAAAGAGGGCAAGGAAGGCACUGGAGCACAAGAAAGGUCUCUUGGAGGAGGCUGUGGAGCGAAGGAUAUGUGAAGGCAUCUACAGCAAGAUCUACCGCCACAGGAGCACGCAGGACGAAGCGCAGGACGCCAAGCUCCGAUCAAAAACAGCUGCUCUCGCCGUAGUUGGCAUCGGGCCCGGUGAUCUCGGCGUUGACCUCGGCACUGCUCCCAAUGACCCAGAAGCCGCCGCCAAGAAACAGGAGGAAGUCAGGCAAUGGCUGGAGCAAGCGCGGAAGGAACUCGUACUGAUGAGUCAGUCCAGGUAUCCCUUGGGGAAGUUGAACCACCUCAAAGCAGCACACAAGAGCAUCAUCGAUACCCUGUCGCAUUUUCACCCCUCCUCCUCCGCUGACGAGCUCAUGCCCAUGCUCAUCUACACCCUAAUCACUCUCCCGCCCGAGAACCUCAGCGUCAUCAGCGACGCCAACUUCAUUCAACGCUUCCGCUGGGAACCAAAGCUUGUUGGCGAAGGCUCUUACUGUCUUACCAAUCUCGAGGCAACCAUCAGUUUCCUCGAGACUGUUGACCUUUCAACCCUCCGCGCCGACGAGACUCCCACCGGGCCACUAAAAGGACAGGAUGUCUCACCUACUCAGAAAGAAGGAACUUUCCCGCCUGCCUUCUCGCCGACCCCGCCGAGCCCUGCCACUCUGAGCCCGAACCACUCGGAAUCGGCAGCAGCCAGCCUCGGCGCAGCGCUCAAGCAAGCUCCCUCAUCUGCCCGCUUCCGCGCCACCGUUGGAGCCCAGCUCCGGGGGCCUCGCCGACUGAGCGAUCUCGUGAAUACGCCUGCGCAGGCCUUCAACGCCGCCAGCGAUGCCGUCCUGAACACAGCCGACCAGAGCCUCAAAACUAUCGGCACAUCUCUUGGCGACAGCUACAAGUUCCUUUUGGGCAAGCUGCGCGAGAGGGCUCCGGAUGCCCUCCUCGCCAAGGACAGCAGCGGCGACCCGGUCGUCAUUGUCCCUAAGACGCUAGACGACGCAAGAAAGUUGAUCGGUACCCCUUCACCCGCCGUCGGACAACUGGAGUCUCUGCAGGAAGAGGGCGGUGCCGCCGUCCCGCUGUCGGCUAGCCCCGGGAGCUCCCUCCCUUUACUACGCAGUCCAAGCCCGGCGCCGGCGACAGCAGCAGUCGAGGAGGCGGAGCGCCCGCCGUUGCUGAGCUUCAUAGCGGGUAGCGCCAGGAAGGUGUCGCGGGAUCAUAGUGCUGAUAGCUCGAGGAGUGCAAGCUCGAGAAAGGAGAAAGAGGAGAGGCAAAGGUUGGAUACAACGGUAGCGCCGGGGUCGGCGACAGCGGCAACUGCAACUGCAACCGGGUCAUCUCCUGUUAUCACCAGCCCACCAAUCAUGGAUUCAAUGAGGAACUUGGGCAAUUCCUUGAACCCCAUGGCGAGAUUGUCAGCGGGUAUUGGAGGCCUUAGGGGCUUUGGUAGAUCACCGGCUCCUGUUAGGGCGCCGACGCCGCCAGCGAAGGACGGUGGCCAUAGUAAAGGGGGGCCCGCAGCCGCAGAUGGUGGAGAUUUGACUACGGCGUUCCCGGACCUUGCUGCGGUGCUUCCGCCCAGGGAAAGCCCCAAGUUAGACCCGCCGAUCAAGCGCUUCAUGGAGAUGCAGAAUGCUGCGGAGAUGAAGCUCGGCGAGGUGUUUGAGUUACUGAGGGAUUAUAAGCGGCUUGCAGGAGCGCUGAAGGAGAUGGGCUCCUUCAAAGAGUAG